UAAACAAGCAAUGCAGUGUGACUUUGGCCGUUUCUGACCAAAUUACUCAACAAAGAAUUACAAGACCUUAAACUCGGAGAUCGACCGCACUUACCCAUAUUGUCAAACACAUGCAGGCAUACUUGGUCAUGCCCUUCUCUACAAACACCUUGAGAAUCAUAUCGAAAACAGUGGGUGAAAACGUAAAUUCCCUAUAAAUCCUAACAAGCUCAUCCUAGACCAAAGAGGUUGAAUAAUUAUUGUUGCAAAGGCUGACCAAUUCGUUCAAAUACGCUUUGGUUUGAUUGUACAUUUGAGCUUUGGACAAUAUAUGUACAAUUAUACCAUAAGACUUUAGGUUGGGCCUAAAUUUUCGCUGCUUUGAAGCCAAUUUGAAAAAACUUAAGCAGGCUACCGAGUUUAGCUUCAGUUUUCGGAGGAUGGUGUUGAGGAGCUUGUCGAAGACCACCUCUACCAAGACGGCUGGGGCACAGAUCCUCUUAGCCAAUGCUUGCUAGGGGUACGUUCAGGGGUAAAAGAGAAAAGAGCGGAGGUGGAGUGGGGGAUUUGUACGCUCUGCGUCAUGGGUUGCUUCUCAUGUGUUCGAUGAAAUGCCCGAAUGAAUAUAGAACUGGAGAUGAUGUUGAACAAAAAUCCAGAGCCUAAGAAAUGCUUUAUAAUGCGGGCGGAUGACGUUGGAAAUAAAAGGCAAUUCGAUAGAGAUGGGAUUUUGCUGAAUGAAUUGAGAGGUCAGUGGAUUAUAAAAUGAGAGAUAAAAAAUGGUGUGGAUUUGAUUUUAUUUUUUUUUAUGAUGGGUCUGUUCUGGGUGAGUUCUAUGUCUGUUCUUAGGAUUAUAAAUUUAUUUAUUUUUAUAUCUCAUUUUCUUCAAUUUUUUCUAAUUUUGUAUUUAUUUUAACCCUAUUUUUAUUUGUUAAUUAUAAAAAAUCAUAUUUAUCCUAAAAUUUGGUUAAAUCGAAGAAAAAAUUAGACAGUGGGAUCAAUAGAGCAAAUAAUCUAUAGAGUUGAUGGACAAUUUGAACAAAUAAUUUAAUUAAGGGACCAAAUGUAAAUCGAGUAUAAAUUUAAAUACCAUUUGAGUAAUUUAACGUAUUAUUUUAAAUUUCUAAUUUCAUAUACACAAUUCAAGCGCGACAAGCCCUAACACCCCCGUCCGAACCAGGGGACUGAGCUUCCCAAAAAUCCCCAAAUCAAAAUUCUGCUCAACAAAGAAGCAGAAUUAUCACUCAGAACACAAAACAGCUUCUACCGUUUUUCUUUUUUCUGGCAGUCAACGGCACGCAAUGGAUCGGCAGCCGCACGAUUACGCCUCCGCCUCCGCCAUGGCCUACGCCCAACAGCAGCGCCAAGCAGCCACCAACAUCCAACAGCAACAGCAGCAACCGCCCCAGCAGCAGCAAUUCGGGUACCCGCCCCCACAAACCCAACAGUUCCACGGCCAGCCUUACGUGGGCCCACACCCCUCUCUCCAGCAACAAUUCCCCUACCACCCUCACUUGCAGCAGCCGCAGGUCCUCCCCCACGCGCCGCAACACCCCCACCACCUCCCUCCGCCUCCCUCCUUUGCCCCCCACCUCCCCCCUCCUUUAGUCCCCUCCCCCUUCCACUCCGGCCCCACUUACGACUCUCCGCCUCCGCCGCCACCGGCCGCCCCUCCAUCCGACCCAGAGCUCCACAAGCUGAUCGACAAGGUCGCCGAGUACGCCGCCAAGGUGGGGCCGGAUUUCGAAGCGACGGUCAGGGAGAAACAGCAGGACAAUCCCGAGUACGCCUUCUUGUUCGGCGGCGAUGGCCACAGCUACUACCGCUACAAGCUCUGGAUAUCGAAGUGGGGCCCCGGCGGGUCAUUCAACCAGCCCGGGUUCCCCCCUGCAUCCAUGCACAUGCUGCGACCUCCGCCGAACCCCAUGAUGAGCGGGCCGCCGUCUGCUGGAGCGAUGAUGGGUGGGCCGCUGCCAUCUUAUUUCUACGAGCAGCAGCGGCACGGUCAGCCGUUUGGAGUUUAUGGGCGUCCAGAGUACGACCAGUCGUCGAACAAGCCCUUCAAAGGCCUUUCUGGGCCGCUUCCGCCUGAGGUUGCGAUAGAGCUGAAUAGUGUGCUGAAGUCGCUGAAUGGGACCAAAGAGUCCAUUAAAGGAGCGAAAUUUUGGUUUAUGCAGAGGUCGAUAUUUGCGCCUGCGCUGGCUGAAGCUCUUAGAGAGAGGGUGUUUGGCUUGGAUGAUUGUGAGAGGCAACUGCAUGUGAUUUACCUUGCCAAUGACAUUUUGUUUGACAGCUCACAUCGGCGUACUGGUGAAGGCCUUGAUAAUGAAUCCCUUGCACUUAAACCUAUCUUAGGUUCCAUGCUUGCAAGGAUUUAUCACAACCCUCAAAUCACGGAGGACAAUCAAUUGAGGUUGCAGCAAAUUUUACAGUUAUGGGCUUCUAAUAACAUUUACGAUCAGGAUACUAUUGAUGCACUUAGGAAUGAGAUGAUGGGUGGACCCUCAAGCAAUUCUUUUACAGGGCUUCCAAAAGACCUCUCUUCUGCUUCAACAGAUUCAGCUGCAGGAUUGCCACCACAGACAACUAACCAUAACAUGCUGCAAUGGCAGCCUGAUAGGCAAAGUUCUGUUUCCGGUUCACACGACCAAGAUCAUCUUGAUAAACAUGCAGGUCCUGGCCAAGCCAUGCCGAUGUCUGUGCCAUCCCAGCAAUUUCUUCCAAAUUCAAUCCCUCCUGCUGCUUUUCCAGGGUCAAUGCCCAUACCAUCUUCUGUUCAACCAGUAAUAAACCAACAACCUGCACCACAUAUACUGCCAGGUCAACCUGCUAAUAGUGGUGAGAAGUUACCACCAUAUCCUCUGUUCCCACCUGGUCUUAUUCCUGAAAUGGUCAGAAAGAUGCAGAUUGGAAGUGGUGUGCCGUAUUCUCCAAUGAGUCCUUUGGACAUUCCAACUGUUAUACCUCCAUCCAAUGUACCUCAAUCAGAAAUUCUUGAGAGAGUGUCAAAAUUCUUCAAAGAGAUUGGUGAAGUUAAUCCUUCUGAAGGGCCCCUUCAUAAUGCCGAUGGUAGGGACGAGGAUGAGUAUGAAAGAGAGCCUUCGGUGCGCAAGGGUGGAGCUUGCAUCCCUCCACCUCCAAACCUGCAGAUAGACCCGGAGACAGGAACUUAUGCGGAUGGCAGUGUAGAUCGAAAGAGUGGCUCGGGGAGGUUGGGACUUGGGGCCACAGCUGAUCCAAAUGAGGCAAGCCAAUACGAUGAUGUUUAUUCUUCUUACAGGAAACAAAGGAGCACCAACUACCACUCAUCCAUGAGUGCAAGAGCUGCAACAAGGUGAAAUACCAGUCCUGAUGGGAGUUGGAAAUGGGGGGUACUAGAUCGGCUUCUUCCUUUUCAUUUUCGGGUUUUUUGUUUUCCUUUCUUCCCGAUAAUCUAUUCUAACAGGCGGCAUGAAUUUCUAGGAGUGUCGUACUUGGUGGGUGGAGUAUCUUGUACUAGACAAAAUUUUGAUUCUCUGAUUGUUAAUGCAUGUAAGAAAUAGCACUUGUAAUCAUUUUAUUUUUACCUGACUAAAACAGAAUCUUUAAUUCAUGCGAAGUUUCCUUCAUCUGUUGAACAUUUUGGAUUCUGAUCAUACUUGAGACAGAGAUGAUAGAUCUUCACAAUUGGAGAAAA